GUCGGCGCGCAGUGACCCUUAUACGCGCGUGGUGUGCGGACGUAUGUAUCGUGAUUGUGUGAGCGAGCGAGCGACAAGCGAACGAGAGAAAGAGAGAGAGAGAGAAGGAACGAAAAAGCUGCUGCGUCGUCGGUCGUUGGUUUCCGCGGUAGUGCGGUGCGUAACCCGCGAGACGGUUCGUCAGAAUCUCGACGUACAUACAUACCCCGGAGAGGAAUCGCAAAGGGCACGCUUUCACAGCGCGCAUAGGAUUACGCGGAAAGUAAACACAAGCGCACGUACGCGAGCGCGCGCGCACGCGUAAACGAACGGAGGAAGCGAGCGAGCGAGCGGGCGAGCGAUCACCACGGAUAGGCAGCGGCGGCAGCAGCAGCAGCAGCAGCAAUAGCAACAGCAGGCGGACGUAACGUACGAAGCAGCAUCUCGCAAGCAGCGGUCGUGUAUACGGUGCAUCGUCGAUCCGGAGUGAAUUGUACGGUUUCAUCGAACGCGAAGUGAGAAACGUGCCUCCUCCCCCCCGUCCUUCGAAACGGACGGCCGAAGCCGAGUGCGAGCCGCGACAUUGACAGCGGGAUCGCGCGGUACGAAGCUCGGGUGGUAGGCGCCCUGCGCCGGCGGCUUGUCCGCGCCGUCCCUCGUCUUUGUAUGCCACGCUUCGACGCGAGGCUCGGAGGAGCUCCCUGCUGGCGUUUCAUCGUGCUUCUCGAGGUAGGCACCACCGCCGGCUACGCCGAGGCCGAGCAGCAUCUCUCGCGCGGCGCGAUGAAAAUUGAAACGUCUCAAGACAUGACGUAGACGGUGGCAGGUGCGUGAAAAAUCGCCGCAACGGCCGCCAUGAAGAAUCUCGUGCCGUAGUUGUUAAGCGAUGUUAGUGACUGCCUCCCCGAUGGACAAUUCGCCGAACACGCUGUCGGUGGUCGAGGAGGAGGCGACGAACGUCACCGACAUCGACGACGUGUUUCCGCCCCAUGUCGACACCAGCAACAUUGUAAUCCAGCCAGAGUCGCCCACCAGCAAGAAACAGGCGCUGAAGACUUUCGCUGAAGUGAACACGUUGCUACAGGCCGGCAGGAAGCGCGAGGCGAAGCUGAUCAUUCGGGAGAACGCCUGGCCACUUAACAACGGCAUCAGGACACAGCUCUGGCCGGCGCUCUGCGAACAGCAUGCGCACGGCAAGAACAUGCUCGACGGAUUCUACUGGGACAUGGUGAACCAAGUUUUUGGAACAACCGAAUUACCAGAAAAAUCAAUCAUGUUACCACCGUUCGUUGACAGUACGCAUUGCCUGUCUUACAAUUUGACAAGAAAAGGCAGGAACGUGGCGGACAGAAUCGUGUCUGUAUUGGGAUAUGCGUGUCCCGACAUCACGUACAGUCCAUCUCUUUAUCCGCUAACUGCACUUCUCUUGCACUUUGUGCCAGAGGAAGAAUGUUACCACUGUAUGGCUACUUUGGUGGCUGCCAAAGAGAAAAUGUUCAUCACACAAACCAAACUUCUUUAUGAAGUCACGUGGAAAACGGUAGAACAAAUCACUAAGAAAUAUGUUAAAUCAGCUGCUGUACAUUUAGCAAGACAUUGUUCUGGCUCAAGAGCAGAAAGAAUCUACAUGGAUUGGAUCUGGUGGAUUCUUCAACUUCUUCCAUUUCAACAUCUAGUCAGGGUUAUGGACUGUUUUCUUCAUGAAGGUAUUAAGGUCUUUUAUCGGGUUGCUAUGGCUAUAGUUUUAUUAUUUUAUAAGCACUCUUCGCCGCAGAAUUCCGAAUGGAUGAAUGAAAUUUCGAAGAAUGGAAUAGAUGCUGCUCUAUCGAAAUUCUGCAGACAAAUGCCAGUGACACCCGCUAAAUUUCUGCGCACCGCUUUUGGGAUACGCGGACUCAGCUCAGCAUACAUAUCACGAGUAUUUCUGCGUACUGAAAUGGCUCUUAAGAGCAAGAGUGUCCUGACAGGGUCCCGAUCUUUGGCUAGGUCACGCUCGACAGACAAUCUACCCACCAGCCAGUCCCAAGUCAACAUUCAGAUGAUGUCACACACACUCACAAUACGAGAAAAAGAAUGUGAAGACACGUACAAAGACAGGGGCGCACACAGUCCUGGACCACGCGCCCUAUCAAUGGGCGUUUACCCUAUACAAAGUAUAUGCUCCCAGAUCCUAGACAUGCCUGAUCUGUUUACCCUGUGGUCAUGGCUACCGAUGAGGAUCACGAUGUAUCAGCCUAUCUUGUUGUACACGACUGAAGAACAUGGAUGCUCUUUGACAACGUUCUAUGUGCGAGUUGAGCAACAUGAACCGACUCUUCUGAUGAUAAAAACCUGUAAUAACGAGGUAUUUGGAGCUUAUUGUUCUACUAGAUGGUGCGAACGUAAUUUAAAGGAUGAUAAAGGUCAAAGACAAGCAUACUUUGGAACUGGUGAGACAUUCCUGUUCAGUUUGUAUCCGGAACGAGCCAAGUAUCCUUGGGUAGGCAUGGAUUCAUCGCACAAUGACUCCAGAGUACAUCAUUCAGCAGAGUUAUUUAUGGCUGCUGAUUCGAAGAUGAUAACUAUCGGUGGCGGAGACGGUCAGGCGAUCUGGAUGGACGAGAAUAUAAGAUUUGGUAAGACAGAUCGAUGUUCGACUUUUAACAAUCCACCCCUCUGCGCCAGUGGUGACUUCGAGAUUAGAGUGUUGGAAGUGUAUGGCUUCGUCGGUGCCUGAGGGAAGAAACAGCGAUGUAUUUGCUUUCCCUACUGCCAUUUAGCGACUCUCUUUCUACAUAUACGUAUUAAACACUGUGUUAUAUGUCAUGAAUGUGUCUCUGCAUAUCAUGCUCUUUAGUAAAUGCGUAUGCAAGGAAUAUACAAUGUGAGAUUUGCCUAAAAGUUAAAUGAGAGGACAAAAAUAUUAUAUUUGUGGUUGUGUAUACAUAAAAAUAUUUUGCAUCUUUUUAUGUAUUUAAUUUUUGGAAAUCACUUGACAUUUUUUGUGACAAAUUUAGAUCUUAUUAGAUCUAGAUUCGUAAAAUAUUUAUCCCGCAUAACACCUCGAAAGAAAAA